AUGAUGAGACUGGAAAAAUUUCCAAGAUUAAACAUAACUACAAAUGAUAGCGUUUAUCCAACACUUUCUAAACAAGAAAUUGCCGUACAAAUCAAAAGGCCAAAAAAUCAUAAAUCCUCGGGAGAAGAUGGUAUUCAAGCAGAAAUUCUGAAGAGGGUAGAUGAAGAAGCGAUAUCUAAAAUUCAUGAAGUAAUAGAACUGAUUUGGGAAAAUGAGAGACUCCCGGAAGAUUGGAACACUUCGUUAAUAUGUCCAAUAUAUAAGAAGAAUGACCCUCAAGACCGUAAAAAUUAUAGAGCAAGAUUGAAAUUGUGGGAGGUGGAGAGCAGGCAAAUAGUCGAAGAGAAGAUACCCCAAGGACAUGACAAUAAAUGGGUGAUUUAG